GCUGGACGGUCGGGGAUUUGGUCGGGAGGACGUCCCAAGGCGCUGGACGGUCGGGGAUUUGGUCGGGAGGAUUUAACACUGGUCUGAGUUGUGCACUGAUCUGUAGUGUGUGGACCUUCCCAGUUGGCUGUUGUUUCUGCUGAGUUGGUUGUAUGUGUAUGUACAGGUAUUUGUUUUAAGUCGAGGUUCAAGGGAAAUGUUCACUGAUUGUUUUUUGCUUUGGGAUUUCCUUACAGCACUGCUGUGUCAUCAUGUUCUCAAAAUUCAAUAAUAGAAGACGUGAAGGAUUAUUAUGGAAAAAGGCUGCAAAUGUCAGCAGACCUGAAGACGAACGUUUGUGUCACCCCGGCCAGAGCCCUCCCUAAGCACGUGAGAGCCGCCCUGCAAGAUGUACACGGCGAAGUGGCCAUGAGGUAUUAUGGGUGUGGGCUCGUGGUUCCCGAAUGCCUGGAGAAUUGCUGGAUCCUGGAUCUGGGAAGCGGUAGCGGGCGGGACUGCUACAUGCUCAGCAAGCUGGUGGGAGAGAAAGGCCACGUGACGGGUGUAGACAUGACUGACGAGCAGAUAGCAGUGGCUCAGAAAUUUGUCCAAUAUCACACGCAGAAAUUUGGCUUCAGCAAACCCAAUGUGGAGUUCAUUCAAGGCUAUAUUGAGAAGCUUGAUGACGUGGGCUUGAAGAGCAACUCCUAUGAUAUCAUUAUAUCAAACUGUGUGGUGAACCUGUCGCCUGACAAACUGUCUGUCCUGAGAGAGGCUUAUCGAGUGUUAAAGAACGGAGGUGAAAUGUACUUCAGUGACAUCUACAGUGACCGGGAACUUCCUGAGAAGAUGAGAAAACACAAGGUUUUGUGGGGUGAGUGUCUGGGUGGAGCUCUGUCGUGGGAGGAGUUGGUCCGAAUUGCCAAGGAGGUGGGGUUCAGCACCCCCAGGCUGACCACCGCCAAACUCUUUGAUGUGAACAAUAAAGAGCUGGAGGAAGUGAUUGGUGAUUACAAGUUUGUGUCUGCUACGUAUCGCCUGUUUAAAAUCCCAGCCCACGAUUCAAAGGAGGAAUUGCAGGUUAUUUACAAUGGCUCAAUCGCAGGCUGUGAGGGGAAACUGGAGUUUGAUGCCAAUUACACAUUUGAAGAAGGGGAGGUGAUGGACGUGGAUGAGGAGAUGGCAAUGAUUCUCAAGAGUUCGAGGUUUGCCGAUAAAUUUACAAUGCACCCAGCCAACAAGGUGGCCAGCGGAGAAGCAGGAGGCAGAGCGAGGCAGCCCAAGGACAUGAUCAUUGACCCUUUCAAAUUCACGGAGAUAAAACCAUCUGGAGGUGCCCCGCCUGUUGCUGGCUCUUGCUGUGUCACCAAAGGCUGUUGCUGAAGAUGUUCAGGCAAUGAUUAAAUUUAAACAAAUGGUACGCAGAUUAAUUAAAUUGGGAAGUUUUGAUUAUUUGUGUAGCUGGUUAAGCCGGACAUGCCGGGAUCGGAGAAUUUGUUCGUCUUAAGCGGAUAAAGAGUUGUAUGAAUUAACUGGCGUGUCUAAAAUAGGUAAAUUAAUUGGGGGCCGGGCGUUUUGUUCAAUUUAUUCAGAAUCCGAUCAACGUUAAUCAGCAUCCAGCUUAACGGCUUCCACGAUAUAUAGCAUAUAUGUACACACGUAUAUAGAUAGAUAUAUCCAGGCUUUAAUCUCCUGAACCAAUGACCCCAUCUGCCUCUCAAUGAAAACUUGCACUAACUGUGUCGUUCAUUUGAGUGAUAACAGUGAGUGUUGGCAAAGCACUAUAACAACACAGAGUGUAGAUAUGUAGGUGAAAUCGCUAUAGUUUUGUUACCCCCUAAAUACCUUUUAAACCCCCCUUCUCACUGCUCCCAAUUCCCGGACAUGUGUUGCAUUGUGUUUGUAUGUGUGUGCACACAUCACGCAACAAUUCUGGGUACUUCAGUCUUGUCCGAAAGGGAUGGAGUGCGGAGUCUGGCUGUCAUGUCCAAGGCGAAGGUGGGCAAACAAUCUCCACUGGGACAGUGAGUGGAUUAGUGAGUGGGGCAGUAUAAGUGGGUAAAUGACAUGAACCCUCUAUUCUCUACCAGCUCCCCCAAACUUUGUCCAUGAUGGUGUGCAUAUUGUGGCAUUCAGCGCUGGCUGUCCAGCAGCAGCCACCCAUUCACCUUCAAGCCACCCCGGAGGUUAACCUCUCCUCCCUCAUCCGCAUCCCCACCCUCCCUCCCAACCAACCCACG